CAAAGCUCCCACAUAUCCAAUCUACUAGCAAAUGAACAAGGCCCCCAUCAUUGUACACUACCUAAGAAAAGCUAACACUAAUCCGGACGAUCAUGGCGAUGCAGCGUUCAGGACGCUCGAAUAUGGCUCUCUUCUUCGUCGUCACCAUCGUCGCCGCGCCGCUGCUGAUGCAUGAUGAUCUCCUCGCCGCGGCUGCGCAGGCAGCCGAUGGCGGCGGCUCCGGCUCCGGCCAGAUGCAGCCGGAAGGUAUUCUGUAUGCCGGGUGCUUCAGGGCCGGCGGCUGCAAGCUGACGCCGGAGUGGUGCCCGGCGAGGUGUAUCUACUUGGGUUUCAGCCCCGGCGCCGGCUGCGAGGUCAUGGACGACGGCCACAUCUACUGCUGCUGUGGCCCAAGCCGUACAUCCACAAACGCUGAUCCAUCGACCAAUGCUUGACGCAUGUAUAUCUCCGUGCUUGGGUUUACUAUGCUGAUUAAUAAUUCAGACAUGCGUGCUUGGUGAAUUAAGCUAGUACAAAAUACAAAAUUUGUAAGGCACACAUGAAGUCUUUCAUUAUGCAUGGUAUACUUAAGAUCUGUUUGAGACA